GUUCGCUGUUGGACGUGUUCUGUGCUCGUAGUCGCUCGAUCGCGGGAAAAUAGCGCUAACUUAUUGAUCUCAGAAGGUGGCUUUGUUGUUGUCACGUAUACGUACAGUUGGCCGUUCGAGUGUGUGUUUGUGUGUCUGUUUAAUAAUCACGAAAACUGCCAUGGCGAAUGUGUAAUAAAAAAAAGCUAUUAGUGAAAUAAUUAAUUUCAACGAAAAGUAAACCAAAUUUAACGACAACCGCAAGGAUAUAAAAAAACGAUGCACAAAUGAAGCUGCAACGACAUAAAACAAACUGCCAACAAAAUAUAAAAAAAGUAACUCAAGGAAAAUCAAGGGAAUCAAAACCCCAAUGGGCCGCCAUAUGUUCAUGGGGGACCAUCCUCCUGUCCCUCAUUUUCCUGACACACUUGGCGCAGGCCCAGGAAAAUCCAAAUCCACCAAAACAAACCGACUUGGAGGUGGAGUUUCUGCCGGAUAAUGAUAUCGAGUUCGCUAGUCUCGAUGGCGCCACCCAGCUCCUGCCAGCAACGAGGCAUUCCGACGUCACGACGGCGCCAACGACUUCCUCUCCCCCGGCCAUGACGUCAGCCCUGUCAUACACAGAACUGCAAGGUGGAGAAAUCCUCAGCGAGCGUAUCCUGCGGCUCAGCGAGAGUCCGUACUUGGCCCGCGAGGACUUGGAGGUGUUGCGCGGCGCCAAGCUGACCAUCGAGCCUGGUGUCACCAUCGAGUUUGCCCCCACAAAGGGGCUGAAAAUCAGCGGCGUCCUGCAGGCGGUGGGCACUCCAACCUCACGUAUAGUGCUUAAAUCCCAAAGUAACACUGCCAACUAUAAACUUGAACUACCGGAUGACCAGGAAAAGGGUAUACGACUUGUGGAUGGACCCACGCCCGUAGAGGGAAGACUGCAGCUUUUCCACAAAGGAGCCUGGCGUUCGGUUUGCUCCAAUUCCAGAAAUUGGACAUUACUGGACUAUGGCGUGGCCUGCAAGCAGCUGGGCUACCGGGGAGGAAGAUUCUGGAACUGGGUGGAAAGAACACCAGGAUAUUAUCCCAGACUCCUCUAUGAGCAGCCCAAGUGUCGCGGCGGGGAAAAUAAUCUCCAGAACUGCGCUUGGACGUCGAGACAAAUGGGAGCCGGUGCCUGUGAUUAUCACAAUGAUCUGGGAAUCCAGUGUCUUCCCGUCCACUCAGAGCCCCUGGGACACUGGCGAGGCAUCUACUUUGAUAAUGCCCCCUCCACCAAGGCCUUGGGAAGAGACAACACCGUCUAUGCCGCCCAAUCAGAGUCACGUCUAAAAUAUGUGGACAUCAUAAGAGCAGGAAAUGGUGCUGGCUUUAGUGCCAAGUCAGCAGUCGAAGUCCAGGGAUUACCUCCCCAGAUGGAGCACGUGGUGAUCAGUCAUUCGGCCUACACGGGCUUCAAUAGCACCCUGCCCUGGGCUGGAUUCCAGCUCCAGAAUGUCACGGUGAUGAAGAGCAAUGGCAUUGGGGUCUUUGUGAACUCCAGUCAGGGCUUAGUGCAGUUGGAUGGAUGCUCCAUUGUGGACAAUGCCGGUGAUGGCAUCAAGUAUGUGGGCCAUGAUCUUAGGGGAACGGAGAGAAAGGAUCGUGCCAGUAUCUAUGACUUUUGCACCCUGCCCACGACAUCGGGACAAACCUAUCCCAUCUCCCUAUCCUUCACCCAAAAAUACUAUUCCGGAUCGGCCAAGGAGUGUGGCAAGUACUUCUUCACGAGACCCGGCUAUCUGCUGACCCUGCACUUUGAGCACUUCUUCCUCAUGCAAAACGAAACGGUCAGCGUGGAGGUCUACGAUGGAGCCUCCACCAACGACCGUUUGUUGUUUGAAUGGAAGGCCCGGAACUUUACAAGACCCCAGAGUGUUACCUCAACCCGGGACAAAAUGUUCGUGAGGAUCAGAGCAGACGCCAGGCAAGAGUUGAACGGUUACUUCCGCAUUACAUCGGGAGACUCGGUGGCCUAUGAUCUCAGAGUGGCCCAGUCCACCGUAGAGGAUAAUGGUGGUCGUGGUGUGGCUAUAGACAACAUUCGAUCCAAGCUGCAUGUCCACGGGAGCUCGGUGUCCGGUAAUGGUCACGUGGCCGGCGUGCAUGUGACCAGUGGCGCUGGAGAUGUAAACAUAACGAGCUCCAACAUCAGCUUCAAUAAUGGCGCUGGUGUUAACAUUACCUAUUACGGAGGAAAUCGUAACAUCUCCAGGUCUGCGGUGAAUGCCAACAAGGGUUACGGCGUGGCCACCUGGCUAAAUCACACCACAGACAUCAACAGAGUGGAGUAUAUACCCUUCAACCAGACCAGCGUGGUGGAAUACUCGCAAAUUGGUGGCAAUCUAGAGACUGGCAUCUUCCACGGCAACUUCUGUCGUCCCAUUUGGGUGAACAUCACUGGAAAUAACUUCAAUGGCAGUCAACAGAAUGAUGUCUUCAUAGAGUCCUGUUACCAGGCCACAGCCAAUGGACAGCCCAAUAUGCAGCUCCAGCUGGGACACAAUCAGUUCAAGUACUCGCAAGCAAACUCCAUAAACCUAAGUCCUGCCUUGAAUCUGGUGGGCAGGAUAGAGUACAACAUGUUCCGAUAUGGUUCCUAUGGCUGCCUGUUUGUGAACAAUGAUUACAUAUAUCCGGAGUUCAACUACUUUCCCGUCAAGCUUCUCAUACAAAGCAACUAUUUCAUGCGGAACAGUGGUGUCCAUGUGGUUUCCCUGGGUCUAUCGCCCUACAGCCGCUCUGAAGUACAGUACAUACUCUUCACCCGGAACUUUGUGAGGGGUAACAAUAUAACCGAAGCCUUUGGCCCUCUCAUAGCUGGCUCGGAGGGUAGUGAUGGUGCUGGCAGGCUCAAUCCUCGCUCUCGAGUGGCUGCUCCCGUUGUUAUAGGCUCCAGUAAUAUCGAUGUCUUCCGGAAUAUCCUUCACAAUCUAGACUCCAUGUACGAGAUCGGGUCACAGCUCACGGAUCAGAGCCAGAUCAUCAAUGCCACCUGCAAUUGGUUGGGCCACACCGAUGAGAGUAAGAUAUAUGCACGACUGUUUCAUCGCAACGAUCGCUAUAAUCUGGCCAAGAUCAACUAUAUACCCUACUUGCUGCACAGCUCUAAUCCGGGUUCCACUGCCAUGAUCACCGUUUCCACAGUGGUUCCGCGGUUUUUCCACGAGGGUAGUGAUGUCAUAGGAGGCGAAGUUGAUGGCCAGGACAUGGUUCCCGCGGGCACAUACACGGUUACCAAGGAUAUUAACAUCAGACCCGGUGGCAAGUUAAUUUUAUCACCUGGCACCAUCCUCAAGUUUGAGCCAAGUGUGGGAAUGAUGGUUGCGGGCAAACUGGAAGCCCGAGGACGGCGACCGGACGAUAUACUCUUUACCCUGAAGAGGGAAACCAUUAUUGGAGAGCACAACGACACAGAGACCAUUGAUUUGGAUAGUGAAACGGAGGCCGUGGAUAUGGAAACGGAGGUGAUACCCGCUGAUGGAGUGCCCAGAGUUCCAGUUCGAUUGGUUGGCGGUGCCGGUGCUAACGAGGGACGACUGCAGGUGUAUCUUAAAGGACGUUGGGGCACCGUCUGUGACUAUGGCUGGAACGUGCUGAACGCUGCCUUGGUGUGUCACCAGCUGGGCUAUUCACUCAAUCCCGAUGAUUGGCGUUUGCUGCGCUCUCAACUCCCCAAUGCCGGCACCUCGGAGGACAUUCUGAUGGCCAGUGUUCGCUGUACCCUUCAGGAUCGUGAUGUGACCAAGUGCAGGGCCGAGUACGAGUUCGAGAACACCUGUAGCCACGAGAACGACGUGGGUCUUCGGUGCUAUGAAGGUGCCUGGGCUGGAAUCCGCUUCAGCAUGCUCGCCGAGAGAGCUGAUCUCCAGUAUGUGACCGUGGAGAAGGCCGGACUCUUUGACUACACCACAAAUGCCUUUAAGCCCGCCGUUCAAAUGGAUCAUGCCCGCCACAACCUGGAGAACGUGAGGGUGGUGAACAACCUACAAGACGGUCUGGGCAUUGUCUACUCCGAUCUCUAUGCAGGCAAGUCGGUGAACAACAUCAAGAACUCGGAGUUCUCUGGCAAUCGAGGCAGUGGCAUUAGCUUGAAACAACUCGACUUCCGGAUCUCGGGAUCCAUCAUCAAGGAUAACAAGGGCAGUGGCAUUACCCAUGAUGCCGUGAUAGCUGCUCUGGAUCAAAAGGAAAUUGGGGGAUGGUUCAACAUGGCGAGGGACUUUAAUGCCUAUGACACCGACUAUGAUCCCUAUGUACUGCCCCACGAGAUAAGUAACGUUGAUCUGGGAACCUUUGAGCACAAGUACAUCAGAACUGAAGAGCUUCUCGGAGAGAAUAUCAACCGAAAAAUAGUGGUUCAGUGCCCUGCUGGCUAUGUCAUAGGCAUACAGCUCCUGAAUCCCAUUCACAAUCUCUCGUCGGAGAGCAUAAGCAUCCUGAAUGCCCGUACAGAGAAUAUUAGGAGUGAUCUCUGGCAAGUGAAGAGGGAUUUGAAUGUCUUUCCGGUCACCAGCAGUAGCUAUGGCAUUAUUAUUUACUAUGAAAGUGGCUUGCACGCUCUUGGUGGAGCUGUUCUGAUGCUUAGUACAGUCACCGCGCCUGUUCAAAACAUCCGAAAUCGCAUUGUCAGCGGUCCGGUGCCUACUCUAACAAUUCGAUCAACGAAAAUUCAGAAAAAUCUGAGAGGUAUUACGGGCAUCUACUACAAUCGCUAUAUAGGCGAUAAUGGGGAGUAUUACCUGCGAAAAGCCAACGAAUCGAUCAAGUUAAUCAACUCCGAAUUGAGCUUUAACGAACGAGAAGCUAUUUUGAUAAGAUCACCUUUCUGGGAUGUCAUCUCUAGCAAUAUUUCCGAGGUUACCCUUCAUGUGAAUAGUUCCCUGAUCUCGCAGAAUGGUUUUGGCAUACGACAAAUGUCCAAGGAUCUGCGAUCGUCUAAUAAUUUGUUCCAUUAUGUGAUCCAGGAUACGACUGUCGAGCAGAACACCCAUGGAGGUUUUCAGGUCUCUCUUCCUUAUGUCUGGCAAUACAACGAAAACUUCACCCACUCUAUUUAUUUCGGCAACAGCACUUGGCAACGAAAUCGUGACUUCCGCAUCUCCGUCCAUGGACACUACACGGUCUUCAAUAUAACCUCGAAUGUUUUCCGUGAAAACAAUUGUCCGGGAGCUCUGAUCCUACUCGAUGGCAUGGAGAAGCGUCUGCGCUUCGACAACAAUCGCUUUGAAUCGAAUAAUGCCAAGUUUGUGCUGCUCUUCAAGGCGGAUUCCCUUAGUGAGAUCAUAGGACAAGUACCAGCGAGCAUCGAAUACAAUAGUUUCAAGGGAAAUAAUAUUGUGACCAUGACAGCAAACUAUCGAAAUCAGUAUAUGAAAGCUGCCCGAAGGAUUAGAAAACAGCAUAAGAUACCCACCGCUGUCAUCCGUUUAGAUGGCGUCCAGAACGUUCGGCUAUAUCGCAAUCUUAUAUCGGAAAAUGAAAUGGACUAUAAUCUGGUCGCCGGCGUGAGAUCAGCCCGCUUGAAUAACUACUUUGAGGCGAGAGAGAAUUGGUGGGGUACUAAGGAUACUGCCUUAAUAGAGGCCAAGAUCUUUGACUUUGACAAUUGGAACGAUCAUGCCGAUGUCAUCUAUCAGCCCUUCCUCAUCGAGGACAGCUACGAUGCCAGUGUCUCCGUGGUAGUGCCUUUUAAUCAGGACCAGGAAGUAGAUCUAACGACAUAUAGAGGUGGCCGAGUGUACAAGGAUUUGAUUUUAAAGAAACAGAACACCCCGUACUACAUAUCCUCUGAUAUCACAGUAAUGCCUGGAAAAACCUUGACCAUAAACCACGGAGUUACCAUGGAAUUUGAGCCCAAUGUGGGUAUCCUAGUCUUGGGUAAUCUCGUGGCCAUUGGCUACAAAGAAUCUCCCAUUGUGAUGAGACCCUUUAGGAAUGCCACCCGGGAGGCACUGACUGAUAGCCAGCCCCAGAAGCGCGCUCUGGAGGAUAUGAGUGCUCCUUUGACCGAAUUCGAUGCCAUCAGACUAUGUACCAGUGCCAAUAAUUGCUCUGGCGAUGCCGAUGGCUUGUUUGGCCUGAACGAGGGCUUUUUGGAGUACUUUAACCACACCACUCUUCAGUGGGUGCCCAUCUGUGACAGUCGAUUCACGGAGAGAAAUGCCCAGGUGGUGUGCCGAGAAAUGGGCUACGAUCCUCUAAAUGUCUACUACGGUCAUGAUCGCCGGAUCGAGUUCCACACGAAUUCUUUGACCCGGAUUUGGUCCUGGGUUCAACCCCUGGAAUGUCGCGGUGACGAGGAGCGAAUGGAGGAUUGUGCCGAGCGCUUGAAUGGUCAGCUGUAUGGACAUCGCCACGAGUGCCGGUGGGAUGAUGUCUUCGUUUUUGUCAGCUGCAACAGUGUUGCCGACGAUGAGGUUUACUGGGGUGGAAUUCGUUUUGCCAACUCAAAGUUCGAGGAGAUCCAGUAUGAACACAGAAUGCACAACACAAGAUCCCAUGCCAGGCUACCGUUGAGGGAAAGCCAAUUGGAGUUUGUCCAGAUCGAGCAAGCGGGAAUCCUGCAUAAUCACAAGGCGGCUGCCAUACAGGCCAUCCACAAGAACCCCUCCAUAACCUCGGUGAGCAUCGAGAACUCGGCCAACCACGGCAUAAACCUAAUAGCUCCCAGUGGAAAGCUCAACUUGAAUCACUUGAACAUUAACAAGACCCUGGGCACUGGCAUCAGCAUUGUGUCCCUCACCGGCGAAGGUCGCGAUAGUGAUGAAUCUAGUUUUUCUCCUUUAAAGAAAUUAGAUUUACCCUACAAGCUCUUCUCUUUGGUGGACAUGUGCGACCCACAGAAGGUCCUGACCAUCGAAGAACGCAUGAUAAUCUACUACAAAUACGAUAAUAAUCCCGUAAAUUGUGUCAAGAUCUUUACCUCGGCUUUCCGAGCCAAACCCAUUGGGUUCCGAUUGCUGCAAUCGAAUCUUUUCAAUCACUCAAAGCUUUAUGGAAGAACGGAUUUUAUUAAGCUAUACGAUGGCGACAUAUAUAAUGUAACAGCUACGUAUUUGGGUAAAAUUGAAUCGGAUACGGACAACCAGAGAUCAUUCUUCAAGACCAAGGGUCCAACAAUGAGUCUGCAGUUGGUGGCCAGUGGUGCUCCCGAAACGCAUGGAUUUAUAGCCGAGGUGGUCACGGUGCCCAUUUCUACCUUAGGACAAUACCGCGAUGCCCUCCACAACAUCACAGACACACACAUCUCAGGUGCCAUGAAGGGAGCCGUAACGUACUCCUCCGCGGGCGAGGUCACGCCCACUCUAACUCUAAUAGGAAAUCGAAUAGAAAGAAACUGUAGGCAAUUGUAUGGAAAUUUCUCAACCUGUGCUUCUGCCUUGAACUUGGAUGUGCAAAACAUGAACUCUUUGUAUUUUAUGAACAACCUGAUAAUGGAAAAUCAAGGAGGUCUCCGCAUUCGAGCCGAUUCCCGUGGCUCGGCCACCUCCUUAAGAGGCUUUGUUCAUCACAAUCUCUUUAUGAGGAAUCGCAAUCGUCCGGCCUUGUAUGUGGAAGGACGACAAUCGUCGCCAUACCAGGAAGUGGAACUAUAUCGGAAUUACUUUGCCCAAAAUAUGGCCGGCUAUGAGGAUGUGAUACGAUUGUGCCAAGUGGUAUCCAAUUUCAGCUAUAACUAUGUUCACAGCAAUGUGGGAGGAAGAAUAAUGGAGGUUUCAGGCUUUGAAAAGGUGCGAUUGCAGAUCUAUCAGACCACGGCCCACAAUGGUUUCUAUAGAAACUUUGCUACCAAUUGGAUGACACGGGCCACUAUUGUUGCAGGAACAGCGGGUCAACAAUAUGUGGAUAAUAUUUUUGAGAACUAUGAAAACGAUUAUGAGCUGCUGACAGUCAAUAAUUCUAUUUUGAGUUUUGACUAUGAAAACAGGACCUUUGAAACAUGGAGCUCUAAGAUCGAUGCUCGUCACAAUUAUUGGAGCUAUAAUAAUACCAUUUCGGUGCAGUCUCGUAUAAGAGAUAAAUCUGAUGAUCCCAUGCUCCUGGAGGUGCUGGCCGUACCCUUCCAAAUGAACAAUGAAACCAUACUCGAUGGCAAGUGUCCACCAGGCUGGGCUUUGGUCCACGACACCUGCUUCAUUUAUGUGGGAGCCCCGAUGACAUUCCACGAGGCCCGAGACUUUUGUCGUUCAGAGAACUCCACCAUGCCAUUUAUACGCACGGAUAAGACGACGCUUUGGAGGUACUUGCAGUCUCAGAUGAGGCACCUCAAGUAUCCCGAGAAGGUUUGGAUUCAGGACUACAAUCACAUUGAGAGGUGCACGAAUUUUGUGUUUGGUGAAAUCGAAAUUGAGGAUUGCAACAAGGAGAGGGGUUUCAUUUGUGAAAUGGAUCCGAGGGUCAUAAUUGAUCCGCUUUCAUGGCGUGCCGACAUCUUUGCCAUCAGUAUUAUCUCUGCCUUCGUCCUUGCCGUUAUUUUAUUGAUCCUGGUGGCCUUCUGCUGGUUUGCCAAGUCCAAGCAUCGCCAUGUCCAGCGACUUCAGCGUAGGAAUAGCAUACGGCAGAGUUUACGCAGCUUGAACAGCAUCGAUCCGCAGGGCUCCCUACGACGAAGACCCAAUUAUAACAUGUCCAGCAACGGAACCCUUUCCAAGAGCCAGGAUUACAAGCAAAUGGUGGCCAAUGGCUCCAUUGAUUCCAUGGACAAAAGUGUGCUUAGCUCCGAGGCGGGCAGCUUCGAGGGCUACGAACAGAAGCCCCACUACAAUGAGUAUGUGAACCAGAAUGCUUUGAGACCUGCUCAGCAGGAGCACAAGGUGGCCACCAUUUCCAAGGCUACAGGUCAUCGAGCUCGCGCUGCUGCCGCCGCCGCUGCGGCCCUAGAGCCCGAUGCCUUUGAGCUGAGUUAUCGGAAUGAGGGUUUCCGGGAUAAUUCCACCUACGGCGGCGGCACCAGAGCCAACUCUGUGAGCACCAGUGUGGCCGAGGACACCCCCAUCAUACAUCACACGGAUCAGGAGGGCGAUGAGGGUGGCUCCGAUUAUUACGGAAAUGCCAGUACGUUGCCCCUAAGAACAGAAAUUGGAGGAGGCAGCAGCUCUCAGGGAGGUGGCCGUCGUGGUCAGCCCGGCUUGGCCUUCCUCAGCGAACUCAAGCAGAACCUGCCAGAAUAUCAGAGGAGCUCCCAUAGCAGCUUUAUGCCGCAACGGAGUAGCGGCGAGUCUUUGCCCUUUGACCAAAAGUUGGAUCAAUUCAACUACUCUACCGAGUCCUCCCUGUACCGACCGGCUCCGGCGGUUCCUCCUAGUUCCCAGAAUGUGACGCCAGCGGACAUGCGACGUCCAGACUCUUAUUACACGGCCGUCAGGAGCAGCAAGGCUCCCGCCUCCCACUACAGGACACCGAGGCCACUGGCCCAGCCGCCGGCAGCUCCUCCUCCCACUCAGACGCACUCGUCGUCGUCCUCGUCUCGUCCCAAAACAGUAUACCAAACGGCAUCGGGGGAGUCCUCGCCGACCAUAACGUCUCCACUAUCCAAUCCCUAUCAUCGCUCUAAGUCGGAGGCGCUCCUGGAAACAGAUUUCGAUGGGGAUGGCGGGACAAGUGGUCUGCAGCCGCUGCAAACCAAUGGACGUAGUCACAGUCAGCCUCUGGAGACGGCCAUGUGAUGAUGAAUAGUCCCCCCAAUUUCAUACUCUAAUUUAAACUCAUUUCACACCUUCAAAAUGCCGAAAUUAUAAAAUUUCCAAGCUCCUACAACUGCUUCGUAGCUUUUAGUUUAUUUUGUGUUAACAAAAAAAAAUAAUUUUUAAAAUCGAGAUUACGAUUGUGAGAGAGACAAAGAGAGACGAAUACGCCCGCCCGUUGUUUAUUUUUUUAUUUGUGGUAAACUUAGAUCAUUCCAUCCAUUAGCCAUUAAGUCUUAAGCUUAAAUAUUGCCUUAACGAACGCAAAAAACGAACUAGGCCUAAGAUGUUGUAUAUAUAAUAAAAAACAAUGUGUAAGAAAAA